AUGAUGCAGAUCAUGCACGACGAUCUCUUCCACGUGUGGUGGAUGGCUUGCAUUCCCUGGCAAAUGAAGGCUGUCGCUGCAGACGAGCGAGUCAAUGUCGAUGUGAGUGUGGAGUUCGUUGCGCCCCACGAUCGAGCGCAGGGCUCCGAUCUUCUCCACAGCACUGUUCGAUUACGCGGAACGUUCACAGAUGAAACAAACCACAUCGUGUCGCCCGUGAUUCUGUUUGAAGGCGAUUCGAUCCAGGUGGAUUUGUUUAUUGGAGAAGAUUUGAUUUGGCAUAACAAUUUGAGUUGUGAUAUUCGACAGAACGAAACGGUCACUCCCGAAUCGAUUCGUUGGCAGACCCUUCAUUCCAAGAACGAUCAUUGGAGUGAUUCGGAUCUGGUUCGAGUCAGUACGGGUUGCUGUGUGUGGAACGUGGCGUAUUUGACAGCCGAUGAUUGUUAUCGUGUGCCGCUUCCAGUGGUCAUUCAUCCUCAUCUCAUCGCCUCGCUUUUCUCUUCCGAGAAAGGCCAGCAGUUUUUGCACGAGCGGAUCAACAUGUCCGAGCUCUGCAAAAUCGCAUUCAACCCCGACGAAACGCUCAUCAAUCGCCGAGCCAUCGUCUGGACAAUCGCUCACAUUGCGGUCAAAGAGGGCGGCAUUGCCUACCUUCAAGAGUUCUGUCACUGCAAUGCUGUUGAAUCCCUGCUGCACAUGGCGCUCUCCGACCCGAUUCUAUCGAUGCGAGCCGUCGUGCUGAUGGCAAGUUCCUUCAUGGCUUCCAAUCCAUCGCUGCACAAGGCGAUCGAGGAGCAGGGAUGGUUCUGCGACAGCUAUUGUGGCAAUAGCGUGUGUCUCCCGCUGGUUCCUUUCGCAGAGAUCGUGUCGGAGAAUGGCUUGCUGCUGUGCUGCGAUCAUUUCCGCAUUCAGACAAAGAAAGAAUUGUCGGCUUCCGAGUUUUCAGAUCUCUUCAACCCUCUGCACAACAAGGAAAUCAUGCACUCGAAGCUCAGCAUGUGUCCCAGCGACAUUUCUGUGAAUGCUGCGACAAUCACCGAAGCAGAGAGUUUGAUUCUCGAGCUGAUCACCUCGCUGAACUCCGUUAUUUUGUGUCAAGAGGCGGAGAAGCGGCUGAGCGAGUUGAAUCAGGUCCAUCCAGAGUAUUUUCUGCAGCCGCGACUCUACGUGUAUAUGCAGCAUCUAUUGUCAGCGAUCUCGCUUUCGUGGAAAUGGAGAGAAUAUGUAUUCGAUCUGUUCUCGAAGUUGAAUUGGGAUGCGGAGCAGUGGGAGAUUUUUGACUCUGUGGGUUGUGUUUUGGCUACUUUAAUAUCAAUUUUUCAUAAGAAAAAAUGA